AUGAACGCUGUGCUAGUGCUGCUUGUACUGAUUAUCGACAGUGUUAUGGCAGGAGGACAAGUAAGCAGUACAUAUGUAGUUGCUCCAAGAGGAGGUAGCUACGCUGGAAGUAGCUACGGUGGAAGUAGCUACGGUGGAAGUAGCUACGGUGGAAGUAGCUACGGCGGAGGUAUGUCCAGUAGCUACAGUAGUUACGGAAUGUCCGGCGGAUAUGGCAUGAGAGGUGGUGGAUAUCCUAUGAGCGGAGGCUACGGUGGAUAUCGAGGAGGAAUGGGCGGAUACGGUGGAUAUAGUGGAUAUGGUGGUGGAUAUCGUGGAAUGGGUGGUUACGGUGGUGGAUAUCAAUCGGGAGACGGUUUGGAAGUGGCCCAAAUGAUCAUCAAAAUCUUAAGAUCUGGAAUGUCUGGUGUUGAUGUCUCCAGUCGGAACUUUUUGAAAUACGCCCAUAUUCGUCCACACUGUUGUGGAUACCCAGGAGGAGUUGGUGGCGUUGGCGGAUACCCAGGAGGAGUUGGUGGCAUGGGUGGAUAUCCAGGAGGAGUUGGCGGCGUUGGCGGAUAUCCAGGAGGAGGAGUAGGAGGAUAUGGAUAUCCAGGAGGCAUUGGUGGAUUCCCUGGCGGCGGCGGUAUUGGAGGACUUCCUGGAGGCGGUAGCUUUGGACAAUCGUCCUCGGUAUCGCAGACAUCGACUUUUCAAGAAACAAAUACCGGAUUUGGAGUUGGAGGCAUUGGACGACGAUAA